AUUCAUUCCGAUUUCCGUUACUUUCAAGUUUACGUGUAUGUUAUUCUGCGUUUAUUUUAUUUGGAUUUUUUGGAAACUUGGCUAUACUUUUGGACUUUGAUUGGAUUGCUUUUCUCUACGACCUUGCAAUACAUACUGGACACCGAUUUCUCGCGAUCACAGCUUGUCAUGGCGUCUGGAAAUAGUGGAUGUGGACGUGAUCCAUUACCUGAGCCGUCUACUAGUUCUAUUAGUUCUAUGCUUCGUAGACGACUGGCUUUUUUGGAUGAUUCUGAUGAUGAUGAUGACGAUGGGCCCGUUGUCAGACGUCACCUCUACACUGAAGAAGUGAUCAUGAUGUGGAACUUGGCAAAAAUUAUGAAAAAUUUGAGUACUAAUGAGCAGUGUGUGGCAUUUGCUGAAGAACAUGGAUUAGUGCGUUCUCAAAAGCUAUGUGGAAAACAUCGUAAACCCAUGAAAAUAAUUAAAUCGACGAAUAAAACAUUUGGUACAUGGUCUUGUGCAAAAGGAAAUUGCAAAUCAAUAUCAAGAGUUUCUAGAACUAAAGGAACAUUAUUCGAUAGCAUGAAAUUAGACUUAGUACAUGUCUUCUAUUUGCUAUAUGCAUAUUCACAUAAAUGGAGCUAUGACACAACCAUUCAUGAAGACCCAUAUAAAGAAAGUAGACAACAAUGCAUAAGCCGAGGCACCAUAAAUCAUUGGUAUUCUUAUUGCAGGGAAGUUAUAGUUAUUUAUCAAAUGGAUAGAAAUCAAGUACUCGUAGCAGGAAAGAUUGGUGGCCCAGGGAAGGUAGUCCAGAUUGAUGUAUCAAAAUUUGGGAAACGAAAAAUCAAUCGAGGACGACACAUUGAGGGCCAUUGGGUUAUUGGUAUGACGGAAGGCAAAGAUCUGAGAUUAGAAGUGUCCCAAGACAAUAUUGAGUCAGCUGAAGUAUUAGUGCCACUUAUACAAAAACAUGUAGAAGUUGGCACUACUAUCCAUACCAACUUCUGGAAAGUGUAUGAUUGUUUAUCACAGCAUGGGUACAUACACAAAAAAGUAUUUGAGUCAGAUCCUAAUAACCCUGUUGUGGCUGACGAUGGAAGUUAUUUUUACGAAUACUUGUGGCGACGGUACAAUGUUAAACACAGAAAAGACCCCUUUAUGGAGCUAAUUAAAGUUAUAAAAUAUGCUUAUAAAUAAAACACUUCCAAACUUAGCCGCAAAUAUCUGCGCAGCUGACCUGCUGAGUUGCUGCUUAUUUUGAACUCGUGCCAGGCAGAGGCCACCACAACCUGGCUCUACACGUACUAUGGAUUGGGCCCUGGUGGUUUUAGUGGGUAUGGGGUCAUCGCAUUUUACGACCUUGACCCCCACACUCCUCGCGCCAUUCACACUUGCCCAGGCGCGGGGGCCCGUAAUCGGGUUUCCCCAGGUAAAAAAAAAAAAAAAAAAAACUUCACCGAGAUGUUUAUUUGAUGAAACGUAUUAUAUAUUUAAUUUAAUAUGUCAAAAAUUUUAUUGCUUAUGGGUUGUCUAACAAAUUUCAGUCCAUGAUAUGAUUAAUUAAAAUUAAAAAUUGUAAAUAUUUCACCAGUUUGAUUAUUAGACAAAUUAUAACAAUCGAAAGUAUGAAGCCCAUAAAAUAUGCAAAUGUUAGGUUGCCUAUUCUUUUCCGGUCACAACUCUCGCGUAGCCAGGUAUAAACAUUGUAAAUUGUAAUCAAUACUAGGAUUUUGCACCGGUGAAAUAUUGCUGCGAUUUCAGCAGCAAGUACUAAGCACAGACUAUGAAAGGGACCGCAAAAUUCAACAGAUAUUUAACGAUCAGGGCAUGACAUCGAAAAAACAAGACAGUUUAUGUUCCCACCUUUGACAGAAUAAGCGAUUCUAAAAAAGUUACUUUUUGUUCAACUUUUUUGUAUCGAAAUGUCCAAAUAAUAGUUAAGAACCUAUAAAAUUCAAUAUUUGUAUUAAAACUUGUUAAUAAAGUUAAAAUAAUAAGAUUUAUCUACUAUGGCUAAUAUAGGAAAAAAAUAGAAUUUUUAUAUUUCCGAUAUUUUGAGUUUAGAGUGUGAUUAUAAAUAAAUUAUUAAAAUAUCGACAAAGAUGAGAAACAAGACGGCAAUGCCCUGCUACCGACUUCGUAGAUAUUGAGUUUAUAAUUUACUAUAGAUUAACGACUUUGACUCAUUGAAGAUUUCAGCGUACAUACAAAUAAUUGCACAUGGUUCAAUAAUAUUCAAUUAAUUAUUUAGGCAUGUCUAACAAAAACAUAAUUCCCCAAUAUAAUAUCACUAGUAGAUAUUUAGUACCUAUAAUUAAAUUUUUCCUCAUUUUGUUCAUGAAUUGUAUUAUUCUCCUCUGAUUUUUGUUGUUUAAAAAAACAUAGGUAUUUUUAAAUUUAUAAUGUGUAAAUAAUAAGCCAUUUAAAAAUAUUAUAAUAACAGUAUUUAUUUAGUUAGGAUGACUCCAUUAAGAUAGAAAAAGAUGUAUUCAGGCAAUGUUCAAUUGGAUAUAAACAUUUAUUCAUAUA